CGGUUUUCACUAGUAAAUAAGUUCUCUUAUUUGAAACAGUUGCUGCAACAAACUAUGUCGGGAAAGAGCUAUUUUAGCGAGASUACACCUGUAGUCGUGAUUCAAAGCUUAUUCAGAAAGUACGACGCAGAUGGCAAUGGUGAGUUGCAGCAAGACGAAAUCAUGUCACUUCUGAGGGUUGACUUGGGUCUGGAGAUAAAGAAAGCUAAAGCCAUCUUGGCCGCGAUAGACAGUGAUUGUGAUGGAAGUGUUAGUUUUGAGGAAUUCCUUCAGUGGUUUCGCAACGAAAAAGGUAUGGACAUGAUAAACGAAUCCCAAGAUUGUAGUAAUCGGUAUUACUACACAAGAAAAGCUGUGGACCUUUUCAAAAAAUACGACAUUGACGGCAACGGAAAGAUUGAUGCAGUUGAGCUGAGGAAGCUGUUGGAUGACAUUGACUAUAGGCAUUCAGUACAAGAUGCGUUAGCAGACAUGGAUAAAGAUGGAGAUGGCACCRUUUCUUUUCCUGARUUUUUAAAAUGGUUAAACUGGGUACCAACCAGCGACACUGAGUGAGAGAUGAACUAAACGAACUAGAACUGCAUCGCUGUGAAUCUAGAAUAUUAUGUAUUUUAGUGCACAAUUUUUCAGUACAAUGUUAUUGAGAUCCAAAAUAUGCACGGAAAUAAUAUCGACUUACUUUUCAGUUUCGAGUCGAAAAUCAUCAGUUUUAGUACUAAAUUUAUAAACAUACAGUGUAGCACAUUUUUAUUAUCCAUGAUUGGAUACAAGACUAUAAGACGUUAGAAGGUAUUUCUUAUCCAUUCCAGGGGCGUAUCCUCUCAUUAGAUUACUAUUAUCAUUUAUUAUCAUUAAUUAUUCUAAACGAAUCUCUACACUGCACCAACUGUCAGAUUUCUGUUUUCUAGAAGUAAAUAAAAUUUGGCUUUGAAAGGGAGUCCAGGUCAAGGGCCCAUGUGAGCCCCCCUGUAAUUACACCUCUCAUUUAUUAUAGCAAUUAAUACUCACCCAUCUAUUCUCAAAUGCCGAUUAUUCGGGCAUCCCAGCGUAAUCUUUGUAGACUGGAAGAAAUACAUUUAAU